AUGUCAACCGACCAGGUCAAGCCCGCCAUAGCGCGCAUCUCGGCAUUGCUGAUAUCAUCGUACAUCCUCGACUGGAUCCUCAUUGUCGGCGUCGCUGGCAUCGGCGGCGGAUUCGCAAAUCUGACACCCGCCCAACGACCCUUUUCCCUCACUGAUCCAGCCAUUUCCUUGCCCUACGCCGCCCACGACACCGUCUCGUCCGGUCUUCUCAUCGUCAUUGGUCUCGUGAUCCCAGCCGCUAUAAUCCUUGUUUUCAGCCUGUUGUUCGUCCCCAGCAAUCUACGCGCACUACGCAAAGCACCAUUGGCUCUGACCUGGCGCCGGAAAGUGUGGGAAUGGAACGCAGGAUGGAUGGGGCUUGCGCUUGCUCUCGCAGCCACAUUCACGGCUACGGAGGGACUAAAGGAUCUAAUCGGAAAACCACGUCCAGAUCUUAUUGCGAGAUGUGAUCCGGACCUCUCGAAAAUAGCGACGUAUGCGGUCGGUGGGUUGGGAGAGCUUUUACAGGGGGCCCCGACUUUCGUGACCUACGAGAUUUGUAGGAAUCAGGGGAAUAAUUUGAAGAAGGAUGGGUUUGCGGCCUGGCCUAGUGGGCAUUCUUCUUUUUCGUUCGCGGGUAUGCUAUAUUUGACACUCUGGCUAUGCGCCAAGUUCUCAAUUGCGUUCCCGUAUAUCGGUCCCUUGCCUUUUGGCGCGAGGACACCUGCAGCAACAAGCCGAAUCCAAAAGACCGAGGCUGAACAAGCAAGCGUCUCAACAACCCCCGUAUCAUCGUCUCCCCGUCACCAAGGUGCUGCACCACCAGUUUACCUGCAAAUCCUGGCCUUCGUCCCCGUCUGCGUCGCUUUCUUUGUUGCAUGCUCGCGGUACCAUGACCAUCGCCACGCCGGCUUUGACAUCAUCUCCGGCUCCGUAGUAGGCAUAUUUUUUGCCUAUAUCGGAUUCCACAUGUAUCAUGUACCGCUCCGACGAAGUGAUGGCUGGGCAUGGGCAGCGAGGAGUCGUCGUCAUGCUUUCUUUAGAGCAACGGGGUAUGCGGAUUUGACUUCCACAGAGGGAUGGGCUGGUAGUGAGGCUAUGCCUGAGCUUAUACAGGAUGAAGUCAGGGGAGAAGAGCAGGUUUGA